GCUCCAUGGGUCGAUUCAAUUUAUUCAUAUAUACCUGUUGUGCUAAAUCAAAAUAUUAAUUUAACUUGCAAAUAUAAUGCAGAACCGCCACCACAGAUUGAUUGGUACUUCAAUUCCAAUAAUAUAAAUAUCAUGAAUGACCGUUUUAAAAAUGUCGUUUAUUAUGGAACACGACAAGAAAAUUAUAGUGAAGCGAUUUUAGCCAUUCAGAAUAUUCAAGAAGACAACUUUGGUGAUUUUAAAUGUAAAAUUUCGAAUAAUUUAGGAACUGCCGAGAAAACAAUUCAUGUCAGCGGUCGGCCCGGUCCACCAUCUUUAAAUGUCACUGGUACAACCGUUUAUUGGACCGUACAGUCUAUUGAUCCUGUUCUAGAAUAUAAGAUUUUUUAUCGUCUUCCGCACGAUGAUACGUGGCAGUUCUUCAAGUAUAAAAGAGCUGAAAAAGAAGACCAGCAUGGUGACAAAUGGAUGAAAAGCGAAGAUUUGUCAUGGCUUGAUCCCGGCGUUGAAUAUCAAGUACAACUGCAAGCACGAAACGCACUUGGUUGGGGCUCCCUGGCUCGAUCUUAUGUUACCCUUAGAUUGCCUGAAAAGGAAAAGAAGCAAAUAAGACGUUAG